UUGCCUCACCUCUGUUCCUCUGUCUGUGCCGCGCCUCGCUGGUGAGAAUGUAUUCAUCACUUCAGCUUUAGAGCAGUCAUGUUAUCAGUCAGCGUUGCCGAACCUGCGUGUUACCUGCUCACACUGUCGCCCAGUGCCACGGCCUAGGUCAAUACAACACUGAUUAAAAAAGCAGCAGUGUGAAUUGUUCACUGUUGACAUCCGGCAGGAUACUGAGUUGAGGUCCUCAAUGCCUCCCGGCAACUGUGCUGCAACUCGGUCGAGUUGAACACAAGCUUGCAUCUGAAGGAGUUUAAAAACAAUUUACUUUUUGCUAUGCUUCUCUUCAUUUGGAGGUUGUUUUCCCCUCAUUGAAAUGAAGUUCAUUAAGGAGCCUCUAAGGAUCAUAAAGAAGAACUCAGCGAAGUGGGAGGGGAUUUCCUAUAACAGGAGAGGCGCAGUGACUCAUCUGUUACUGCUCUUUAUUUCUUAAGGGAAGAGAUUGCAUAUUGGGAAAAAAAAGUAAACUCUUCCCACAGAUAUUAACUGGAGCUGCAUUCCUCUGCUGAUUUCACAUUGAUGGGAUGCAGCUGCUUUGAUAAAGAGGGGUUUUCAUUCCGUUAACCUACUGCUUAUCUCAUUGUGGAAGACCAGGAUUCACACAACAGACACGAAAACACUGAGGUGCCAAUUACACGUUCUUUGGGAGAAUAGUGCCAGAGGUGGUACCAGUGGUUUUCCUAGAAAGAAAUCAGAUCAAGUGGGGUAAUAACGUUUGUCUGAGUAUUUGUCCUCGGCUCUCGCAUAUUCAGCCGCUUCAGCGCCCGGUCCUCGUGUGGAUGAAUUUGCUGGCAGGCUCCCUUGCACUCCUCAUGACUUUGGCGACGAGCAGCCAGGCCUCUGAGUCAGCCUUUGGUCGGGUCACACAUUGAAUCGAGAUCCAGCCGCUUCAAGCUCUCACGGUGGACAGAGAAAUGGCUUUGAGUCACAGUGGUGGUGUCAAUGUGUGGAAACACUCCUGAGGAUUUUUUUGAAACGACCAAGUCAAGCAGAGGUUGUAUUCUGGCAUGUCCAACCCUGCAGGAAGGUGUCAUAUCUUGCCUCUAAAGUCUGUGUGCCGUCUCUCCUGUCUCACUUUAAGCAUUUCCACCAGAUAAUCUCUUCCCUGAAUAUGUGCAAGGCGGCAGACCAGAAGCCGAACUGGGUCAAAAUCCUGUGCAUUUUGCCAACGCCAUGGUCUACAUGGAAAAAACAGAGUCUGUGGGCUACGGCGGCGCACACACCAGCUGGCACCCUGGACAUGUUCCUCUAAAGCCCACUGCCAGCUCCCAUUCAGCGAGCACUGCCAGCCGCACCGCCAGGCCCCCUCUGCCUCAGUUUUCCAUGCUGCCUCUGAUGAUAGUAACUCAGAAGAUCACCACAAUCGCUUUCCAGCUCCAUGACGGUAUGUGUAAGAAAUCUGAACAGCUGACCCCGGAGCAGAAGCUUAAUGCGAUACACGCGAGGCCUUCCCUCAUCGAGUACCUGAGUUACAACCUGAACUUCCUGAGCGUCUUGGUGGGCCCGUGCAGUAACUAUAAGGACUACAUAGACUUCAUAGAGGGCCGACACGUCGGCCAGAGGCUCAGGCAGCACUCGGGGACGUGCAACGGACAGAACGGAUACGAUAAGUCGCCGGACCCGUCGCCUGUGACCGCCGUCUGCCAGAAGCUGCUCGUCUGCUGUGGCUGCAUGCUGUUCUUCCUCGUUGUGACUCGGUCCUUGCCGAUAACGCACAACGUGGACCCCCACUUUGUCGGCCACGCCCCCUUCCUCGCCAGGCUCGCCUACGCUUUCUUCUCCAUACAGGCAGCAAGGCCCAAAUUCUACUUUGCCUGGACACUAGCCGAUGCUGUGAACAACGCUGCAGGUUAUGGUUUCUCUGGGAUGGAUGAAAAUGGAAAGCCCUCGUGGGAUCUCGUCUGCAACCUCAACAUCUUGGGGAUUGAGACUGCAACCAGCUUCAAGACAUUCAUUGACAACUGGAAUAUACAAACAGGAAUUUGGCUCAAAAUUGUGUGUUAUGACCGAGCCCCGAAGCACCCGUUGGCCUUGACAUUUAUCCUCUCUGCUCUGUGGCACGGUGUUUACCCAGGGUAUUAUUUUACCUUCAUCACCGCCAUCCCCAUCACCAUGGCAGCGCGAGCAAUACGAAAGUCCGUCCGUCACUGCUUCCUGGGCUCCAGAGGCUUGAAGCUGUCUUACGACAUCCUAACUUGGGCAGCCACCCAGCUGGCCAUCUGCUACACUGUCAUGCCUUUUCUGCUUCUUGCAGUCGAGCCCACCAUGGUUUAUUACAGGUCUAUGUACUUCCACAUGCACAUCAUCAGCAUUCUGGCCGCGAUCGCCCUGCGUCGGACACACAAAGCCAGGGAACCCUGUGCCUCCGCUAAAACCCUUUCCUCUGCCUCCUCCCUCUCGCCCUCUCGCUCAGCCCAGUGCCAGCCUGUGCACUCCAACAACAAUGACAAAGUAGACUGAAAUCCCCCUUUCACGUUGUUUUAACUGGCUCACAGUCCACCGUGCUCUCUCUAAAGACAAGUGAAAAGGGGACACCAGGAUUUGAACCUUUGGCACUUGAUGUACAUGGGAAGAGCAAGUACAUCAAACAUUAAACAGGCAGACUGAAAAGGAAAACAGCAGCUGAAGGAACAUCUCCGGUGCCGCCACCACCAGGAACCCGGCCUCCCUACACUUUCCCCCUACCCGCCGUCCCCUCCAUGCCCGUCUCAGCACCAGCCCGCCCUGCCCCAGCAACAAUGCGACAGUGUGAAGAGAGAAAGGAAAGUCUUCGCCGUCUUCCCCGUCCUCCAUCUGCACUGUCCUGCCCACUGGUGGGAUGUGAGCCAGUGCAGUGGGAGAGCAGCUGCUAAACGGGGCGCAAAUAUCACGACACGCACAAAAACACAAACUCAUGCACUAGACGGACACUAGGAAACUAAUUUGCACAUACUCGCUCUCGGACACGCUCCUACUUGGUCACUCUCUGACGGCGCACAAAGGCUGCCCUUGUGAGGCCACAACAAAAGCCCGCUUGCCAUGGGGAGAGGGAGCCCAUGUACCCGCUGCACCCACCGUGCCCAGAUGGGGGGGGGGGGCCUUGUAAUAUAAAACUGUGGACUGUGUCGGUAUUCCUUCCACCGGGUAGAAAGCCCCUUGAAAUACCUAUUAGACCGUGCAGCUUUCAAACCAUCCGUUGCAACCAUAACUAUUGAAGUGAAAACAUUUUUUUAAGGCCAGAAGACGGCUCCCCCUGGUGAGGGGACUUGACUGUUCUUUACACACUUUGUUAUGGUUUCAAUAGCUAAUCCAUUUCACAGCCACACCCCUGUAAACACAUGGGAAAGGCAAAUAAAAAAGUCAAGAAUAAAUCCCACAACAUUAAAAGGUUUGGCCACAAGCUUUUGCUCAUGUAAGUUUGCAUUUCACACUGACUUGUGAUAAACGACGAAGCUGUGCAAUAUGAGCACACGCUGUGAUGAAGAAAACAAAGACUUUCCAUUAAUGUAAUCAUUCUAUUUUUCCCCAAGCAGUAUCUUUCUGUGCUGUAGCAGUGGGGAAUGUAAUAGUGACACAGUUCAUAAUGUGCUGGUACUUCAUCAUCAUCAUUGGCGGAAACUGAGAAGAAAUACACUUGAAGCUUUCUCUUUUAUGGAAUAUAAAAUACAUAAAUUUAAAAAUUCAAAUUCAAAUGUAUUUCUUGUCAGUUGCAGUUUGGUGCUUUUGUUCAUUCUGUGGUUCUUUCUGAGAAAGAGCACAUGUGUAACUGUCGAUUUACCCGAAGCUUAUCAGCACACGGCAGGUUGUUUGUCUGAACUCUGCUGAAUUAAGGAAUGAGGGUGAACCACGUGAGACUGACUGAAACGGCCACACUGCAUCAUCUCCCAAUGCAGCGAGCGCCACACCCGACAUGUGCUGAACACCGUUUCCUUUUCACAAUUCACAAUUCCCUCACUGCACUGGUGUUUCACUUUCGCACAAUCAGGAGAUGGUGAUUAGAGUUGAGCCAAACAUGGUAGAAAAGAAAAGAUGCCCUCAAUUGUUUUUAAUCACCGGUUCGAACCAACCAGGGCCUUUCUUUCUGUGUGGAGUUUGCAUGUUCUCCCCGUGUA